AUGAGAGAGAAGGACCCGCAGACCCUGCCUUUCGCACAACGAAUCGAGCGACGGGCCUUGAUCACGUUGGUUCAUAAAGGUCUGAAGUACCAUCAGAUUGAACAAUCGCACGCCAAGGCGACCGUUGAAGAAGGCACAUCCGCCGCCACGUUGUAUUUUGGUGCUGAAACGAUCCGAGAAGCAUCUACGCCCGACCACGAAAAGCUUCAACGGGAUGGUCCAUUGACACCUCAACAACCACCUGCUGGGCGCAAAGUCCAGCGUGAAUUAAAUGCAUCUUCUUUCCAGACUGACGCCGACCCUGCGCGGAAGCGCGGGCGUCGCACCCAGAAUACAGAUGCAGCGAAUGCCGAUGUCAUGCAACUGGACCAAAAUGGCUACGACUACAAUCAAAGGGAAGCACUGGAAGCAGUUUCGCCAGAAGGAUACUCAGUCGCUGAUGAUGGUCAGACCGUCCCCGUCGAAAUGGACGUGGACGGGGACGAGCUGGCUGCGGCACAAGAUGCGCAUCCGAUACCGACCUUGACAGAUGGACAAAGCAUAGCUAUCCAAAGCGACAAAGUGGAGAAUUUGAUUCCGAGAACAACGAUCCUAAGUGUUCCAGACAGAGACAGCAUCAUGCACAUCAAGUGGAAUCCGCGCAAUUCAUCGAUUUUGGCAACUGGUGGGGAUGCGCUAUGCCGUCUUUGGCAGGCUGCCCCAGGCGCGGCUUCUGCCGAGCAAAUUGACAGUUGCGACAUUCUUCAGUCCAACGAUUCCUCUUUGGUGACCUCAAUGGCCUGGAGUCCAGACGGCUCGUUGUUCGCCAUCGCCACUCGGUCCGAUCCUUCUGAUGUCGUCGGCAACGUAUCGACCUGGACAGAUACCGGAAAAGCGUUGGACGAUCUUACCAUCGGCCAAGAAAUGGUCAUCAAGCUGCGCUGGAAUGCCGAUGGCAGCCUUCUACUAGGUAUCACUUCGUCUGGGGACGGGUCGAGUUCAAUCAUAGUCUGGGACAUGAAAAUCUCUCAGCCACUGCCGCCGUUACAAUGUGACAAGGUCAUCACGGAUGCUGUCUGGACAGGUGUAAGUACGAUCAUGAUUUGUGGGCAUGGCACCAUUGGUCGUUGGGACAUCGCUUCUGAUCAAGGCAUUACGUGGGCGGUCAAAGAUGCUCAAAUAACCGAUCGAAAUUGGAGUCACGUCUUUAAUGCUUCUCCUGAGAGCGUCGCUAUUCUCGAGGAAGAGACCGGCUGUAUGGUGUGCCUUGACCCGUACGGAACCAUAAGUGGCCUUCAACAAGCUCACGCUGAUACUGUUACCGCCGUGACCUAUGCAUUCAAUUCAAUGGCGCCACAAUCAGCCCCGAUCCUUGCGAGUGCGUCUUUAGAUGGCACUGUCAAGUAUUGGGAUCUCGCUACCAUGCGGCCCAGACGAGCGUUCAACUUUGGCUCGGAUCUUCCACCCUUGGCCGUGGCCUGUAAUCAUGAUGGCUCGCUGUUGGCAGCGGCUAACCAGACCAAAGUCCUCAUAUGGAACACAACUGGAAAACUUGUCCCUAUAGCAAGUUGGAAAGGCGACUUCAGCAAGGCGCCGAAGCCGCAAGCGAAUGGCCAUAGCGCAGAUAGAGACAGUGGGAUUGGUGACGACUGGUCUGAAAACGGUAUGAAUGAGCCAAGCAUCUCGCUGGAUUGGGAUGCGAACGGGAAGAGGCUGGCGCUGGGAGCUGGCAGCCAAAUAGCAAUCAUGGACGUCCAGCCUUGA